CUCCCGCUCUCGCCCGGCCGGGAAGUGUGGCUCUCUGUUGCUCCGGUUGCGGUCUGUUCCUCGUGCGUCCCGCUCGGGCACUUUCUCCCCCCGCCCCUCCUCCCUCCUUGCCCUUCUCCGGGCCAAUGUGCACCUUCCGCCGUCCCUUGGCGCGUCUCCCCGAAUGCUCUGCCUGAGACUGGAUGCGAGCUUCGGGAUCGUGCAGGUCGAGGCUUCAUGAACAAGCUGCGCCGCUUCCAGUUUUCGCGGCAUUCAGAGGUCACCGAACUGCCACUAUGGUUAAAUGUCUUGUUUAAUGGUUGAGCGGUGUGGAGAAAUCUCAUUUGAUAGCCCAGAGCAGAAUGCCAGAUGUGUUCGCAUGCUAGGAGAUGCACGCCUGAGAGGUCAGACAGGGGUUCUUUCUGAGCGACGUGGUUCCUACCCAUUCAUAGACUUCCGUCUUCUUAACAAUACCAUUUACUCAGGAGAAAUUGGAACAAAGAAAAAGGUUAAGAGACUGCUAAGUUUUCAGAGAUACUUCCAUGCAUCCAGGCUAUUGCGUGGAAUCGUACCACAAGCCUCACUGUACUUAUUGGAUGAAGACUACCUUGGUCAAGCAAGGCAUAUGUUAUCCAAAGUGGGAAUGUGGGAUUUUGACAUUUUCCUGUUCGACCGCUUGACAAAUGGAAACAGCCUGGUAACCUUGUUGUGCCACCUUUUUAAUAUACAUGGGCUUAUUCAUCAUUUCCAGUUAGAUAUGGUUACAUUAUACAGAUUUUUAGCCUCUUCAAAUCUAAACAAAUUAUCUCAACCCAAACUGAAUAUAGAACUCAACUUCUUACCUCCCAAACUUCAGCAAAAACAUGAUCCGCUUGCUAACUUCCUCACCCCUCUGGAUGUUAUGCUUGGAUUACUGGCUGCUGCAGCACAUGAUGUAGAUCAUCCCGGAGUCAACCAGCCAUUUUUGAUAAAAACUAAACAUCAUCUUGCCGGUUUAUAUCAGAAUGUCUCUGUAUUAGAAAACCAUCACUGGAGGUCUACAAUAGGCAUGCUUCGAGAAUCAAGACUCCUUGCACAUCUGCCAAAAGAAGAGAGUCAUGACAUUGAACAACAGCUUGGUUCCCUGAUCUUGGCAACAGAUAUCAACAGGCAGAAUGAAUUUUUGACCCAGCUGAAGGCUCAUCUAAAAAACCAGGACUUGAAAUUAGAGGAUGCUUCAGACAGGCAUUUUAUACUCCAGAUUGCACUUAAGUGCGCAGACAUUUGCAAUCCUUGCCGGCUCUGGGAGUUGAGCAAACAGUGGAGUGAGCGAGUUUGUGAGGAAUUCUACAGGCAAGGUGAUCUGGAGCAGAAAUUUGACUUGGAAGUAAGUCCUCUUUGUAAUCAGAAGAAAGACACAAUACCUAGUAUACAAAUUGGCUUCAUGACCUAUAUUGUGGAGCCACUCUUUGAAGAAUGGGCCAACUUUACCGGGAACACUCAUUUAUCUGAAAACAUGCUGAACCAUCUGAGAAGAAACAAGACCAAGUGGAAGAGAUUGCUUCCUAAGCAACAUGGCAUCACCAUUGACCACUCACUCCAAAUUACUGAAAACGAAGAGCAGACUUUUAAUGAAGGAGAAACCCCAUAGAGGUGGUACAACAACAAAAUCCUACAGGUCUGUUGGCCCAUCAUCAAGACAGAAAAUCAAGAGAGCUGGAGGAAAACUGAACCUGAAGUAACCUCCUAUUGGGAAAAACCUACAUUAUUUGUAGGUUUGAUUCUGAAGUGCCACCAAAUCUUCCUUCUUCAUCUUAAUAUCUGAAGCCAUUCGUCACCUCUGAUCUCAAGCUUGCAGUAAGAUAAUGAAGCUGGACUGAUAAGCAGGAACCAACUCAUAGGAGUAGUGGAGGACACAGGAAAGACCAGUGCAUUUUGGCUUAUCAAGUUGCAUUAACUUUGUGUGAUAUUGAGACAGGUGUUGAAUAAAGGCUUGGAGUAAUGUACAGUCAAUUGGCAGCUGGGCUGCACAUUAAAACUCACCACCAGCAUCAUCAGAACUCAGAAGACAUUUGGCCACACAGAGAGAAGUUUUAACUGACUAAUGUCUUUUAUAAUUUUUGUAUUUGAUGCACUGGAAAAGGCAUUUAAAGAACCUUGAAGUAAGGUUAUUCUGUGUAUACAAUGAUUUUUUCAUAGUGGUACCCAUUGAUCAUUUUAAGCCACUUUAGAUAAAAGACUGACAUUCUCACCGCAAGAACAGUGUUUCCUCUCGAAUCAAAAGGGAAGAGCUGUACAGUUUAAAUGUUCCCAGAUGUCUCUUUUGAUGGCUGUAUCUGUGGCCUGUUUAUAUUCGCACUUGUAUGUUUUUCAUUAUAUAUACAUAUAUAAUGAAAUAUAUAUAUAUAUUCUCAUGCCAAAAUACAAGUAUCAUGGGAAAGCUACCUGUAUAAGCAAUGGCACUGUGAACAAAAUACUGUUAGUUUUAGUAUUUGUAAAUAUUAUUAAUAUACUUUCAUUUGUUUGCAGAUAAAGGCCUUCAAGUUCCAGCAUUCAGUACUUUAACUUUCUGAUGGCUACUGAAAGUCUUAUGGCCUGUUUUCAUUAGCUCAGCCAAGGAUUACAUGAUCAAUAUCUGCUGGAGGUUUUUGUUUGUUUGUUUUUGUUUGUUUGCAGGUUUGAUUUGCAUUCAUUUGUGGGCAUGAGUUCCAGUAAUUAAUGAAGAUGCAAUUCAGCACAAUUUUUGUCAUUUUUUAAAAACUUCAAUGGAUAAAUCUAUAAACUUUGUUUUAUGUAAAAAUGCUAAUGCCAAACUGACCAAAUGAAAUUGGACCUUGAAGUAGCCAAGGAUUGCAUCAUAUCAAGGGGUUUUGUUAAAAAUCUCCAAGAUUAUUAUUAUAUAUGUUGAAAGAUAUCCACAGAGCCAUAAUCUUACACAGUUUUACUCAGAAUUAUAUUUACCCCAAAGGGUGUCCAGUUCUUUUUUGUCAUAAACUGAGAUACACUACUCUAUCUGUUAAGGCCAGAAUAGGCAGUCUUGGACUCUGCAGUAAUUUGAACGAUACUUCUCACAGUCUCUUGCCUACACCCAGUUUUGUUAUGAGAAUUGAAGCUCAAAACAUAAUUUAUCCCUGCAUUAAUGACUCACUUUGAAGUUCAGGAUAUCUUUCGAAACCAAACAAUGUUACCAAUCAAAAUCUGCAGAAACACGCUAUUAAUGCCUGUAAAUCGCUAAAGAAUUAUCCAGUUUUUCAGGGAUUUUUGACUUUGCUUGUUGAUUAGGUUUAUAGUCUGUCUUUCUAUCAAAAUGGUACACAAGGCAGCUCUCAAUACAUGGGGACAGGAUUUAAGAUGUAAUGAAAAAAAUAAAAAGUCAGUUAAACGCAUUAAAGUUAAAGCCUAUUUCCGCAACUUAAUAGACUUUUAAUAGACUGACAGGUCAACUUGAAGGCUAAAUGACUGUUUUAGGAAUGCCUUUGUGUGCCUAUAACAGAGGGAUGGGAUUAGAGGUGGAGAAACAUCAAAUAAGGAGCUGACUUUAUUCAAUGGAACUAGAGAUGGUUUUGGAUAGGUCAGUUCUCCUGCAAAUUAUCAGUUCACGUUUCAUUAUGUGCAUAUCCAACAAAAUGCACAUGGGCUACUUCUAAACAAGCAAAUGUAUUCUCCAAAUUAACAUAUGCAAAAAGUAUAUGCAUUGUUUAGUAGUAUGGUUUUUUUUCCUAACAAAAUCUUGGUAUUUUUGAUUCAUUAUAUUUUACACAUUAUUUUUUAUGUUAUUGCUAAUUACAUGGAUAUCCUUUUCAAAGAAUACAGCAACACUACAAAGAAGGGAGAUUUCUUGAUAAAUUAACUUCAAACAGGAAAGCAACUGAGCCCAGCUUUCCUAAUGUAUCAAAGAAGUGGCAUAACAAUGGCAGAUUUUAACUCUGUUUUGUAUUGAAGAGAAACAAUACCAAUCAGGAUGAAAUAUCAUAUAUAGUUGGAAUAGAAUGCAAAACAGGUAGUUGCAUAGUAAGGCAAAUAAAAGUCUAAGUCAUAUGUUUGCAAGUCAAAUGAAGAACAACAUUCCAUUUGGAUAUUAUAGAGUAAGGCUAUUGGUCCCUCUUACUUGCUAGUACGAAACUCAUUUUAGCAGUAACACAAUAUUGGGAAAUCAUAAAAGAACAAUGUUUGAGUGUGUACAUCUUUAGUAAAAGAUGGGGGGUGAUCCCCAAGAGUUGUUGAAUUCUAUUGUCUACCAGCCCCGGUCAGCAUGAAAAAUACCAAGGGACAACUAGACUGGCAGACAAACCAAACAUAUAACAUAUCCUUACCCAAUAGAAUCCUGAUUGAGAACUCCUUGGUGUUCACUGAACUUGGUUGUUUUCUUGCUCAAUUUGGUUGUUUUCUUGUUUCAUUACCCAAACUAAGAAAGCAACCAAGCUCAGAGAGCACCAAGGACCCCUCAUUUCAACCCUGAGCUACAAAUAUUCUCCUUUAUUAGAAUCCUGAUUGUUCUCACACAUUCUCUAAUAUCUAACUCUGAAAUGCUUAAACUUCUACCCCUUUUACAGUUUUCAAGCAACCUCCUUAAGACUAGUUCACAGGGCAAAGUGUGAAGAUUAUCUGUUUUCAUUCCUCAAGUUCCCAGCUGUAGAUACAAACAGUGCUCAGUUAAAAAGUUAGUCUACUCUAUGAUAUGAUUGAGAAAUGUUAUGUGAAUGCAGCCACCACCUAGAAAUGCUACCCUUAUAUUUUUAAACAUAAUGUAGAAAGAAGUUGGUGGUCAAAUUAGAAGACUAUUAAGUCACAAAAUGGUGAAGCGAAAAGAAUGUAUCACUGAGUCCUCAGUUGAAUUGAGAACUUAGGCUCAGAAAAUACUUCCAAUUGAUGGACGCAUUGAUCAAACUAUUUGGGGGGGGCUUGUAGAAAGGAGCUUAAUAUAGGCAGGGACAGCAGGAUUCACUCUGCCAAAACUAGCAGAGAUAUUUAACACAAUAGGGCAAAAAUGAAUUGAUUGGAUUUCAGCAGUAUUUUCAUUCUUUUAUUUAUAAUAGUAUCCUUGUGGUUUUUCUGAAGAUUUAACAAAAAAUUAAAUACAAAUUUGCGGAAUAAAAUAAUCUGUUACCAACAUUCUCAAUAUUUACUGUAACCAUUUUCACAUCAUUCCAUAAUUGUUAUUCAUCAGACUGUUUUUAUUUCAAGUGCUGUGGACCAUUCCUUACAAUGUCAUGACAUGAUUAUGAUUUUUAAAAGCUCUAGCCUUGCUUUACUCAGCUAAUACAUGCCAUCCAAAUGCAGGUUCUUAACACCACUCCCUCCAAGCUCAAAAUAGCUCCAGUGAGGUAAUGGGUCAUACACAUACAUACAUACAUACAUACCUACAGUACAUACAUUUCUCAGAUUUUAUUCGGUCCUUGCAUUUUUUUGUCUCAGAAGAAUUAUGACUUACAAAACCUUCAUAUUUGCACAGAGUCCACACGUUUGGAGGGUUUUAAUUUAGAGAAGCUGACUUUAUGGAAUCAUUGUGAACAGUUUUAUCCUGUUAUGCCAUGCAUGAAGUACUUGAAUUCCCUGUUCAACAUGGAUUUGAGCAGAGCCCAUGAUUAAAAAUUUUGUGAUUACCACAAGCAGGGCUACCUCAAGGGGAAAAAGUGGUAGAACAUUUUGUUUUUGUUGUACUGUAUCAGCAGCACAAUCCCUAUAUUU